GCCUUUCCGAGCUGGAAAGGGCGAGGAUCUGGUCCUUUCGGGCUGAUGCUAGGGUGUCUGAGCCUUUUGUUAGGUUGCCAGAUCCUUUAGCUGAGAAUCACAAGCUGCUAAUGCAAGUAGCCUGCUCUUACUUAAACUUUUUGCUUAAGUACUUCGCUUCCUUUUCAUUUAAGCUUGUUCUACUCAAGUUUUUUUUUUUUUCCCUUUUUUUUUCCCGUCCAAGUCCUUUUCCUCGGCUAACUUCACUACUACAUUUUUUAUCUAAUGCAACGGCUAAGACAGAGCUAAUACAACGACUCUACUAUUACCGUUGUAUUAGACAAGGCUAAUACAACGACAUCAUGUUAAUUAAAUCAAACACUGGGCUAAUACAACGGUUUUAAAAAACCGUUGCAUUAGGCCAGCUAAUCCAACGGCUCAUUUUGGCUAAUCCAACGGCAAAAUAUCUAAUACAACGGCACUGUUUUUAUAUAGGCGCCAAAACGAAAUUUCCAUUUACUGACUUCCCUCCUCAUUUUUCCCCAAAUUCAUCUCACUACGCUCGCAAUUACCCAGAAGAUAACUCAUUUUCCCCUAAUUUUCAUUUUUAGCUAGCUCUGUCUUCAUUCCCACGCCCUUCAGUUCCUCAUUUUUCCCAAUUCAGUGCCCAGCUUUGUUCACAAAUUCACAUUUUUUUUCCCAAUUCUCUCUCUUCUUCCUCUUCAAAUGGUAGAUUAGGCGAAUUGAAGGAAGGCGCUGGCGGUAGUGGUGGUGGUGGCUGAUUGUUCGACUCUUACAUGUGACAAAUUUCCUCGGAUCUUUAAGGUGAAGAUAAAAAAGGACUUACUCAAGAUAAAUAGAAUAAGGUGUUGAACAAUUGCCGGCAGCAGAAAGGGGUUUUCAUCUUUAAGUUGCCUUGGAAUGGAAGGUGGAACUAAGAAUUGGUGGAUGUUUGCCAAAUGGAGCGAUGAAUAUGAACAAGGAGUCGACGAAUAUGUCAAAAGGGCUUUUGCUAUUAAGUCUCAAGGAAAUCAAAUUUGUUGUCCAUGUCAAAUUUGUCAUUAUCGUUUUUGGCGGUGUGAAGGUGUGGUGAGAGACCAUUUAAUUUGUAAUGGUUUUGUUCCAAGAUCGGAUAAGUUAUCAGAUUUAGGGUUCAAUAUCCAACGAGAAGAAACUAUUUUGGAUAAUGAUGAAGGAUCCAUCCCAAAUGAAUCUAGCGAUGACGUAGUGAGGUUGUUGCAUGAUGCACGUGAUGCUUUUAGAGAGGGGCCAAAUGAUGAUGCAAAAAAGUUUUUGAGGUUAGUUGAAGAAGGGCAAGAAGAAUUGUAUCCUGAUUCCAAAAAUCACUCAAAACUUUCCUUCAUGAUUCGACUUUUUAUUUUGAAGUGUGAUCAUAAUCUAACCAAUGCCGCAUUUGGAGAUAUAUUGGAGCUUAUAAGGGAGGUGUUGCCUGAUGCAAAGUUGCCAACUUCUUUCAAUGAAGCGAAAAGUGUUUUGAAAGUGUUGGGGUUGGAUUAUACAAAGAUUGAUGCAUGUCCAAACGAUUGCAUGAUAUAUUGGGAAGAGCAUGAAAAUGCAACAAGCUGCCAUGUUUGUAAAACACCAAGAUGGAAAUCAAAGGACAAAGAGGAUGACAUAGAAAAUGGUAAGGGAAAGACCUAUAGAAUUCCUCAAAAGAUUCUUAGGUACUUUCUGAUAAAGAAAAGGCUUCAACGACUAUUUAUGUGUCAAGAGACGGCGAGAUACAUGACUUGGCAUGCGGAUGGGCGUGAAACAGAUCAUCUUUUACAUCAUCCAGCUGGCGGUCAAGCUUGGAGGGAAUUUGAUUCCUUGUACAAAGAGUUUUCUGAUGACCCGCGCAAUGUGAGGCUAGGACUAGCCACAGAUGGCUUCAGCCCGUUCAACUCAAUGAGUAUUGUACAUAGUACUUGGCCAGUUAUUUUGAUCAAUUACAACUUGCCUCCUUGGAUGAUUAUGAAGCCUGAGUAUUUGAUGUUAGCACUACUAAUUCCGGGUCCUUCUUCCCCAGGCAAUGACCUUGACAUAUAUUUGCAACCACUAAUGAAGAACUUGGAGGAUUUGUGGGAGUUCGGACUGGAAACUUAUGAUGCUUCGAGUAACCAGAGGUUUCACAUGCAUGUAGCAUUGAUGACUACCGUGAGUGAUUUUCCUGCUUACGCGAUGUUAUCUGGCUGGAGCACAAAAGGAUACUUGGCGUGCCCUGAGUGUCAUUAUGAAUUAGAUUCUGAGUGGUUUCCUUGUAGUUCUAAGAAUGUGUAUAGGGCAAAUCGUAUAUAUCUACCUCCAUUUCACCCUUGGCGUCGUGAUAAGAGGAAUUUUGAUGGGAAAGUUGAGGAAAGACAGCAACCUACUCCAUUGAAUGGAAUUGAUGUAGCUAAUCUGUUGCGUGAUUUUCCAAAUGAAUUUGGAAAGAUGCAAAAGACACCAAGGCGUGAUGCUGAUGAUCCGAACCCGUGGAAAAAGAGGAUCAUUUUUUUCGAGUUACCAUAUUGGAAGCAUUGUCUUAAUCGUCACAACCUCGAUGUCAUGCAUAUUGAGAAAAAUGUGUUUGAUAGUGUCAUUGGGACAUUGUUAGACAUUUCUCAAAAGACCAAGGAUCAUAAGAGCGCUCGUCGAGAUUUGGUGGAGCUUAAUUUGAUGCCGGGGCUUCAACCAAGAGAAUUGGAAGAUGGUGGCGAAGAAUUUCCAAGAUCACGCUUUUGGAUGUCAUUGGAGCAAAAACGUAAGUUCUGCUACGUCUUCAAAAAUGCCAAACUUCCUCAAGGCUAUGCUUCUAACAUUGGUCGAUGUGUACAAGUUGGGGAAAGGAAAAUUGCAGGCUACAAAAGCCACGAUGCACAUUUUAUGAUGAAUUAUUUGCUCCCAAUUGCAGUGAAGACAACAUUAUCCAAAGAUGUUGCUACUCCUUUGAUUAGACUUUGUGCUUUUUUUAAAAGUAUAUGGAGUAAAAAGGUUGAUCCUCAACAUCUUAAAAAAUUGCAAUCUGAGUUAGUUGAAACGUUAUGCCUACUUGAGAGGAUUUUUCCACCUGCCUUUUUUGAUAUAAUGGUACAUCUACCUCUACACUUGGUGGGCAAAAUUAAAUUGGGUGGACCUGUAAGUUCAAGGUGUAUGUAUGGGAUUGAGAGGUAUCUUCAUGGACUAAAGCAAGAUGUUCGAUAUAAAGCUCGUCCAGAAGGCUCAAUGGCAGAAGGAUAUCUAGCCAAAGAAUGUGUUGCCUUUGUAGCUAGAUUUUUGAAUGGAUCAAACUCGGCCACACCUCAAGUUAAUGCUUGUAGUACAUCACAAUCAUUUCUUCCUAAGGUAGGACGUCCAAUAAAAGGGAAAGGAAGGACAUCAAAGAAAAAAGACCGUGAACACAUACUUGAUCACAAUCAAUGGGUACAAGCGCAUCGUUAUGUCUUGUUCAAUUGUGACUGCGAGGAAGUUGAGAAAUAUAUAAGUGAGCACAAGGAAUUUGUAAGCGCUAGAGGAAAAAGAAAAUGGAAUAGCGUUCAAGAUCACAGCAAGGAUUUUGUGGAUUGGUUUAGGGAGAAAGUUGAUUUCAUUGUUGAAGAGGGUCAAGAGAUCAUCCCUAACAAUAUCAUAUGGUUAUCAAAAGGGCCUUCUUACAUUGCUAAAAAGUAUACAGGGUACUCAGUCAAUGGUUAUAGGUUCCAUACCAUGAAGCGCGAUGCUAAUUGUGUAACUCAAAAUAGUGGAGUCACUCUAACGGCCAUGACACAUAGCUUUGCGAGUUCCAAAGAUCAAAAUUCUGUUGAGGCUAAUGUCAAUUAUUAUGGUUCAAUAACAGACAUCAUUUCAGUAUCUUACCAUGGCUAUUUCUGUGUCGUCUUAUUUAAGUGUGUGUGGUUUCACUCUGAAAAAGACGAUGAUGAGCUUGUAACGAUUAAUAUGUCUAAGACAAUUUCUAAAGAAGAACCAUUUAUCUUGGCAUCUCAAGCACAUCAAGUGUUUUAUGUUGAAGAUCUUAAUAGAGAUGGUUGGCAUUAUGCUGUUCAAAUCCCUCCUAGAGAGCUUUCUGAUGAUGAAGGGGAGUAAAGCAAAAACUUCUAAUUCCCAAAGUUAGCUUCCAGACUAUGAGUUACAAAGGCUUAGAAAAUUGAAGCAUAAUGCUGAAAGAAUGUCAGCCCAAGGAUCGGGAUCCUUGGCGAAUAAGAUACUGCAACAAAAAACACGCGACAUACUUUGUUCGAGUGUGAGGCAGACAGAUGAUGGCUCCUCAGGAGACUCUGAUACUGAACAGGAAACUCUUGGUAGUGAACAAAGACAAGUAUGUGAAAAGGUCUCUUCUCAACAACAUCCAGUUCCUACACUCCCAUUCAAAGGAAGCAGCAAGAACAGCAAUU